AAUAGGAAUAAAAUUAUACAAGCGAUUCAAAGAUGGCGUGUUUAGUCAUCCUUGCUACUCGUGUCAGAGUCACUGUCAAGUUAUAACCUAUAAUAUUGUUGACAAUAGUUUUGUCAACAAGAUGUCAGUAUUUUAAGAUAAUCUUAUAAUUAUGUUUAAUAGUGACAGCUAACCCAAAGCAAUCAAAUACAUUGUAUUGUGUGUAUGUCAUAAAAAAAAAACUUAAUUAACAUUCACCGCAUGAUUACAUCCCACGAUUGGAAAUGCAUUGAAACAUUUUCGAUAAUAGUGCUUAAUAUUUUGUUGAAUAUGUAUUUUAUAUGACAUAGUAAUUUAUUGAAUUAAUAGAUUAAGAAUUUAUACAUUACAUCAAAAGAAAAAAAAAAGAAAAGAAAAAAAAGAAAUUUAAAAUGUUAAACCGAUUUAAAUCAGUAUUGAUGAAUGCUGUAGGUGUAAGCGAGCUUGACCUACAAUAUCCAAAUGAUUCAAACAAUGAUUUGAUGAUAGAUUAUGUCAAUUCAAAUUUUGCGGUAGAAGUGGAAAAUAAGCCUUAUAGUCGACCUAGUUUUCUAGGACUUACAGCUGAAGAAACACAGGUUAGUGCUGAUCAUAGAGUAAGACCUAUAAUAGUCCCAAGAGAUUUAAGCAGAUUACCUUGGUGUGCUGGUUACGCAGAAUGUAUAAAUGCUGGAAAAAGUAUUUGGAAUGAGGAUCAAGCAUCUGCAACACGAGGAGACCUUAAAUUUACUGACAUGAACGCUACAUUGCCUUAUGUUAUGUUUUCUAUGUUUGAUGGUCAUGCUGGAUAUCAAGUGGCUCUUACUGCAAGAUUACAUUUACACAGAAUAAUUCUAGAUAGGUUGAAUGCUAUACCAAGUACUGUAUUAUUUAAUGAAGAUGAAGAAGAAUUUAUAAAAGGUAAAGAUUUAGUUACAGGUGCUAUCGAAUUAGCUUACAGACAAAUGGACCAAAUGGUAGAAGGUCAAGCUCAAAAUGGUGGUGGAGGCUGUACAGCUAUUACUAUUCUAUUUCUUAAUGGCAGAUUAUAUGCUGCUGGUGCUGGUGAUUCUAGAGCAGUGCUUGUAUUAGGAGAUAGUCAACGUGCUCUUACUAGAGAUCACACUCCAGAUUCUGAAUCGAAUCGUGUAAGAGCUUUAGGAUUUUUAAGAAGUCACGAAUUAUUAAAAGGUUAUUUUACACCAUUAGAAUUCAAAAAAAGGCCAUUACAGAAAGAGUUAGGAACUAUGGUCUUAUAUAGAGAACCUUACAUGACUGGUUGGGCAUAUAAAACAUUAUCACAUCUUGAUUUAAAGUUACCACUUAUUUCUGGUCAUGGAAAACGAAGUAGAGUUAUGGGUACCAUAGGAGUAACAAGGGGUUUUGGUGAUCAUGGCUUAAAAGCAGCUAAUACAGGUGUCAGUAUCAAACCAUUCUUGUCAUCUCAGCCUGAAAUACAAUCCAUAAAAUUGGAGGAUUGCAAUCUCACAGAACGUGAUUGCAUUAUAAUAGCUACUGAUGGAUUAUGGGAUGUUGUUUCUGACAAAACAGCAGCUACUAUUCUUAGGAAAACACUUGCCCCAGAUACACCUUCUUUAGAAUAUAGGCUUACAAUGGGUGCACAAGAAUUAGUACAAGCUGCUAGAGGUCGAUUAAUGGGAAGAACAUGGGUGGGAAAAUCUGAAAAUUCUAAUGAAAACGAAGACAAACUCGCCCCAAUGGCUUCGGUCGAUGACAUAAGUGUAAUGGUGGUACCACUGUAUCCGUAUCUCUGCGAACAUAAACAAUGGUUAAAGUCAAUUCAGCAGGAAAGAAAGUAUUCUAAUGAUUCCUCACACAUAUCUAUCAAUAAUUCAAUACAAUAAUUAUUUAUAAUUUAAUUAUUAAAUGAUGUGGAUACAAACAUUAGUUGCUCCUAAAAGAGUAUAAUCUUAUGUAUAUGCAAACAAUAUUAAUUAAUGAUUAUGUACAAUUGACAAGAACAAAAAUUUUAUUUGUACUUUCAUAU